AUGGAUUUUUCAGAUCUGAAGGACAUUAAAGCUUUGCGUGAUGACAUGGCCAAGGACGUUGAUCGAUAUAUGUUCAAACGUGUCAUUAUGGAUAAUAGACCAUCAUCAAGGGUGAAUCAGCAAUUCAGAGCUUGUGACCUUACCGCAAAUAUACUAAUGGACAUACUUGCUGAAAUUCCAAGUGAUACUGAGUCGGCUGCUUCGGAUACUGGAGGUGAAUCAGGCGAAAUUUAUGAGGAACCUCGACUUCUUUUACCUGAUGACAGCGUAGUUGAAUUUGAAGAGGAUGUGAACGAAAGUGUUUGUGCUCAAAGACUGAAGAAACAAGGAAUAUAUGCCUGUGGGACAGUGAGGAAAGGCAGAGUUGGGUUCCCAAAAGACCUCGAAAAUGAAAAGAACAUGUACCGAGGAGAGUUCCAGUUUCAUUGUAGUGGCCAAGGUAUCACAGCAUUCGUUUACAAAGAUCGUAAACCAAUACAGUUUCCUUCACACUUCUACAACACUGUAAAUGUGGACACAGCAUCUCGGAAAUCCAAAGAUGGUUCUCGCACAGAAAUUUCGUGCCCAGAUAUUGUAAAGGAUUACAAUACCUAUAUGGGGCUUGCAGAUAAAUCCGACAUGUUGAAAUCAAUCUAUGAGAUUGAUAGAAAAAGCAAGAAAUGGUGGCACAGAAUUUUGUGGCACUUUCUUGAUGUCACUGUUGUAAAUGCCUGUAUCAUUUAUAAUGAACAUUGUGAUAAUGAUCAGAAAACUCUGAAGCAAUUCACACUGUCUGUAAUUGCUGGCCUAGUUGGAGAAACUUCGUCAUCAACUCCUAAUCGCAAGAGAUCUCAGAUCCAGCGGAACAAAUUCGAGCCAUUUGUUGCACCAGAAAAGCGGUUUGACAGUGCAUCCCAUAUGCCAGAAAAAGGACCGCCUCGAAGAUGUGCACACUGUAGUACUGCUAAAGAGCCACAUCGAACAAGAUCAUUCUGCAAAAUGUGUAAUGUGGGUUUGUGCUUAACAAAAACAAAAAACUGUUUCACUGAAUUUCAUAAGAAAAUGUAG